CUUUCCACAUUAUUAAGCAAGUAGUUCAGUUUCUUGAUUCAUUCAUCCAAAACCUAACAAAGACAAUUCCCUUUAAAAAAUAGCCAAUUCUUGCAAAAAUAGCCAGCUCUUGAAUUUGGUUCUCAAAUAUGGAUAGACUUGUAACAACUUUGUUGUUUUCAUCAUUCUUGUUAUUAAGUCUAUUUUGUACUACUUCUUAUGCUCAAACACAAAACUGUUCAGCUUUUGCAUUCAGAAAUAAUAAGAAUUUUGCAACUUGUAAUCCUCUACCUUUGCUCAAUUCUGUUCUUCACUGGACUUAUCAUCAAAAUAAUCACACAGUUGAUCUUGCUUAUAGACAUAGAGGAGUUACAGAUUCGGAUUGGGUAGCUUGGGGUUUAAAUAUUAAUGGAGGAAGAAUGGCUGGUGCACAAUGUUUGGUUGCAUUUAAAAAUUCCAGUGACCAAAUUCAAGCUUACACUGCUCCUAUUGCUGAUUAUUUGACUCAGUUAAGACAAGGUUCUUUGAGUUUUAAUGUGCCAAGAAUUGAAGCAGAGUUUUCAAACAAUGAAUAUAUUAUUUUUGCAAGUUUGGAACUUCCUAGUGGAAGGACUAGUUUUAAUCAGGUUUGGCAAAAUGGCCAAGUUUCUGGUCAGGUUUUGCAAGCUCAUAGCCAAUCUGGUGAUAAUAUGAGGUCUUUUGGAAGUGUUGAUUUUGCAACUGGCCAGUUAGGGAAUGAUGGUGGUAGCUCAAUCACUUCUAGACAACGUAAAAGAAAUGUUCAUGGAGUAUUGAAUGCAGUGAGUUGGGGAGUGUUAAUGCCAAUGGGUGCAGUAUUUGCAAGGUAUUUAAAGGUGUUCAAAUCAGCAAAUCCAGCUUGGUUUUAUCUACAUGUUGCUUGUCAAACUUCUGCCUAUGCUGUUGGUGUUGCUGGAUGGGGCACUGGUCUCAAACUUGGCAGUGAUUCUGUUGGUAUCAAAUUCACUACUCACAGGAAUAUUGGCAUCACUCUCUUCUGCCUUGGAACUCUUCAGGUAUUUGCUUUGCUACUGAGGCCAAAGCCAGACCACAAAUACAGAUUAUAUUGGAACAUAUACCACCAUGCUAUUGGAUACGCAGUGAUCAGUCUGAGCAUUACCAAUGUGUUUGAAGGAUUUGAUGCUUUGAAUGGGCAAAAGAAUUGGAAAAGAGCUUACACUGGAGUGAUUAUUGCCUUAGGGGCAAUUGCUGUUUUAUUAGAAGCAUUCACUUGGUUUAUUGUUAUCAAAAGGAAAAAAUCAGACUCUAAUAAGAACUCACAAAAUGGAACAAAUGGUGUUAAUGGUUAUGGAAAUGGGACACAUCAACAGGCAUAAAACAGAGAUUUUGGAGUCUAUAUAAAUGUCACUUUGACAUGUUUUGUAUGCAUAUAUGUUUUUGGUUAUUUGGUUUAGAUUAUUGUUUAUUUAUGAUGUUUUAGCAUUAGAUUUUGGGUACUUUUUUCUAUUUUUUUCCUUCUUUGCAGAUUGAUAUAUUCUUGUAUACAUACAUGUUGAGAGACCACCUAUUUGUGGUUUAUAUUUUAUCACUAUUAGUAGUCCUUUCAUUCACUUUCAU